AUGAGCACCUCGCAUGUUGCCCUUCGCCGGGCGUCGCGCAUUGGCCUCUUAGCUCGACCACGCCUUGGUGUGAGCCAGCGCCAAUGGGUUCGCUAUAUCAGCGACUCUGCAGAGGUGAGGCCUAAGAGACGGGGAGGUAAAGCAUUAGGAUUUGCAGCCGUCUUCGCUGUCGCAGCAGCAGGCGCAUUCUGGUAUCCUAGGCUCCGAGCUCAGUUCAGUACUGCAGCUCCUGAAGACGGAAGGGAGACUGGAUAUCAAAAGGCCGAGCUGGAGUUUGAGAAGGCCCGCAAACAUGGCGUGUCAAAGGAAGACAACCGCGAACUCAUCAGCUCUCAGCAUCUGCAAGUAAAGAACAGCUGGGAGCACCCCGGAGUAUACGCAUGGGGCUCAAACGUGGGCAAGGUCAUUGACCCUGUCUCAAAUGAGAAGAACAUCAAACUUCCGCGCAGGAUAUCAUAUUUCGAUCGUCAGCUUCUCCGUGAUCUAAAGCUUACAGAGAACUUUGGCGCGGCUAUCAAUGAAAAGGGAGAUCUCAUCCAAUGGGGCUUGGGGUUCAACAAGGCAGACGCAACACCGGUUGUGACCUUGAAGGGCAAAGAUCUUGCCAAGAUUGAGGUUUCAGAUGAUAGGAUUAUUGCGCUGUCUCGAGGCGGCUCGGUGUAUGCUAUCCCCGCCUCGCGUGACGAUCAAGAGGUUGGCAAAAAGCUAGAGCAGCAAAAGAGCUCAUGGUCUUUGUGGUCCUCGUCUGGUAAAGAGGCCAUCAGCUUUCAGAACCUGACGCCGGCGGGCCUCGGCUGGGGCGAGCGUGUUGCUGAUAUCAGUAGCGGCCUUGAGCAUUGCCUGAUGCUCACAUCAAGCGGGCGAGUUUUCUCCUCAGCUUCGAGCGCCUCAAACUUCCCGUCGAAAGGGCAGAUGGGUAUUCCAGGCCUCACUUGGGAGACACGCCCUAAGGGGCGCUAUGAUCAACCGCAUGAGAUUGCCUUGCUCAAGGGAUUUGAUGUCAAGCAGAUCGCAACAGGUGAUUAUCACUCGGCCGUUCUAGACAAGCUUGGCCGGAUCUUUACGUUUGGCGACAAUACUUUUGGCCAGCUUGGCUUUGAAACCCAGAUUGGGAAUCCAUUUAUCUCUACUCCUACAAUCUUACCGAUUCAUAAGCUAUAUGGAAGCAGUGCACCAGUGUCCACUGCCUCCUCAAUAGCUGCCGGUGGAGUCAAUACUUUCUUCACUUGUGAGGCGAACAUGCCUAGUGCCCCUAACAGCGAGGCUGGCACUCCAGCGCCCUCUAAGAGAUUGCCUCACCAUACAUAUGAUCUUUGGGCCGCAGGGCAGGGUACUUGUGGCUCACUAGGCACCGGAAGAUGGACUCACGUCUCUGUCGGGCCGACCAAGGUCAAAUCUCUCUCCGGGCUCUCUGAGUUUGACGAGAAAAAGAACCAACUGAUGCCCAUCAAGAUCAAAGCCCUAAGCAUCGGCGCAACUCACUGCUCUGCGGUCAUGGACAAUGUGACGCAGACAUCUGUCUCAAACCGUUCUUCCGAGAAUGAGACAUACUGGGGCUCUGACGUGGUCUUCUGGGGAGGCAACGAGCACUAUCAGCUAGGAACGGGCAAACGAAACAAUUUGAAUACGCCAGCUUAUAUUGGGCCGUUGGACGGAGGUGAAGGAGACGCCGCACACGGCCGGCAAGGCGAAGUGCACAGACUAUGUCUGACACCCAGACAAACCGCUCGGCUUGGAGAGGGCGGCAAGGGCCGCAAGGCGACGCUGGAACAAAAGGUUGAAUGCGGUAAGUUUGUCACAGGUGUCUACUCUGCCGUAUAA